UCAAAUAUUUUUCCUGAUAAGUGCUUUAUUUUUAAUGAAGUUGGACGUUUUAGGCUUUCAGGUUAUGUGUUUUAGCAAUAUGGAUGAUGAGACAAGUCUUCACGGAAACUGAUAAGAGACAAUGGAUUCAGCAAGAAGUUGGCUACAUAAAUUUCAGCCUCGGGACCGUGUACGUUCUUCAAGUAAGAAGAAGGAUUCAACCGUUAGUGAAGACGAAGAUUUGAAUACAAUGUCAGCAGAAGAAGCUUCAAAUGUCACCAAGCAAAAGGUCGCAGCGGCGAAACAGUAUAUAGAAAAUCAUUACAAGGAGCAAAAGAAGAAUCUCGAAGAGAGGAGAGAACGAAGAGUUUUGCUCGAGAAGAAGCUAGCUGAUGCUGAAGCUUCUGAAGAGGAUCAAAGUAAUCUACUUAAAUUCCUUGAGAAAAAAGAAACUGAGUAUAUGCGGCUUCAAAGGCAUAAAAUGGGUGUUGAUGACUUUGAGUUGUUGACAAUGAUUGGAAAGGGUGCAUUUGGGGAGGUGCGAGUUUGCAGAGAAAAGACAACAGGUAAUGUGUAUGCAAUGAAAAAGCUUAAGAAGUCAGAGAUGCUCCGAAGAGGCCAAGUGGAGCAUGUAAAAGCUGAGAGAAAUCUCCUUGCAUCUGUGGACAGCAAUUGUAUUGUCAGAUUAUAUUGUUCUUUCCAAGAUGAGGAGUAUCUGUACCUAAUUAUGGAAUAUCUACCUGGUGGAGAUAUGAUGACUCUACUUAUGAGAAAGGACACCUUAACUGAAGAAGAAGCUCAGUUUUAUGUUGGUGAAACGGUUUUAGCCAUUGAAUCUAUUCACAAACAUAAUUAUAUCCAUAGGGACAUUAAACCAGAUAACCUUUUACUUGAUAGAUAUGGCCAUGUGCGACUCUCAGAUUUUGGACUAUGUAAACCUUUGGAUUGCAGCAUUCUCCAAGAGCAAGACUUUCCUGCAGGGGAGAGUUGUUCCCAAUCGGGUAGCCCAACUUCGAACCGCACUCAGCAAGAACAGUUGCAAAAUUGGCAAAAAAACAGAAGGAUGCUUGCGUAUUCUACUGUAGGCACCCCGGAUUACAUUGCACCAGAAGUACUGCUAAAGAAAGGAUACGGAAUGGAAUGUGAUUGGUGGUCACUUGGUGCUAUCAUGUAUGAAAUGCUUGUUGGCUAUCCACCAUUUUAUUCUGAUGAACCUAUGGCAACAUGUAGAAAGAUUAUAAAUUGGAAGACACAUUUGAAGUUUCCUGAAGAAGCGGAAUUAUCCCCAGAAGCAAAAGAUCUCGUCAGUAAACUGCUUUGUAAUGUUGACAAGAGGCUAGGUGCAAAUGGUGCAAAUGAAAUUAAGGUGUUGUAUGGUGUGUCCUGUUCUAGUUCUUAUAUUCCUUUAAAGAUGUCAUCAUACAAAGUUACCAAUUUGUUGUUAUAUAAUAGGUCCAUCCAUGGUUUGGAUCCAUUGAUUGGGACGGUCUAUAUGACAUGGAAGCUGCAUUUAUUCCAGAGGUCAAUGAUGAGUUGGACACUCAGAACUUUGAGAAGUUUGAUGAGUCUUACAAUCAUUCUCAAACUUCAUCCAAAGUUGGUCCAUGGAGAAAGGUAUAAAAGGCUACACCCUUGA